AGUUUUGCAAACGGCAACAACCAAGUAUUGUGCGAAAGAAAUUAAGAAAAAAUUGGUCGAAAAUAAUGUCUGUCUUUCACAAAACUUGCCUUCUGAAUCUUCUAUAACUCGAACAGAUGGGGACGAUCUUGGUUACUCUUACAAGCGUCUGAACAUAGUUGCAAGAGAGAGUUUAACAGACUCUUGUGAAGAAAAAUUGAUCGAUUAUUUAUCUGCUUGUAAUGCUCUUGAUCCAAGAUGCAUGCAUUUUUUGACGAAUGCUCUGUUAUCAAAACAACGGGAAACAGACAUUACGGUCAGUCAGCUGUUGGAUCACCUGCGAUAG